AUGCAUGUAGAGCAAUGGCGGCGGGUCGCGGUUGUGGAUAUAGGCUACAGUUCUGCACGCUUGGGCUUCGCUGGAGAGGAUCCGCAGGUGGUCGACGGGCUUCCAGGCCUUUUGAGAUAUGGCGGCAAGGCCCUAGACUUUGACAGCAGCGCUGUGCAGGCAGUCUUUCGGAAGCUUUCUGCGCAAGAUGGUUGCAGGCGUCCCUUGCUGCUCUCCGAGCCGGCGACCUCCGCAGAAAAGACCAGGCUGCGGUGUUUGCUGGCAGAGCUAAGCUUUGAGGCCCUGGAAGCACCGGAGGUAUCAACUCUCAGUAGCGCCCUUUUGGCUACUUUGGCCCGUGGCAAGAGCAAUGGCACUGUCGUGGACAUUGGUGCAGGGCUGACUUCAAUUGCGCCGCUCUUGAAUGGCUGUGUGGAGCCAGAAUGUCUGAGGGAGCAAACCUUUGCUGGCAAUGCCUUGGACAUUAUGGUGCUGGACGCCCUGAAAUCGCAGGGGGUGACGCUCUCAAUGCCCAGCAGGAAUCUGGGACAAGCCAACACCGGCAUGCGUUUGGCGCAAGAUAUCAAAGAAUCUAUUUGCUUCUGCGCCUACGCGCCUUUGGCUUCUUUGGAGAAGCCAAAGGAAUACCGUCACCGAUUGCCAGACAACCAGGAAAUCGAGGUCACGGCCUUUUCGCGUCAGAUCCCAGAGGCCCUGCUGACCGGCACUGUUUUGCGCGGAGAGUGCUUCUUCGGUGUGCCGCAGCUCGCGUCGGAGGCGAUUCUCACCUUGCCGGUUGGUGCUAGCUCUGCUGGGUCGGAGGUCAUUCUGGUGGGCGGUUCCUCGCGCUUUGUUAACUUCAAGGAUCGCUUGCAGGUUGCCCUUGCAGACUAUCUUGAUGGUCGCCAAGUGAAAGUGACGCAAGUUGACAAUCGCUACGCCUCGUGCUUGGGUGCUUCUGUUGCAGCACAGCUGAAGCAUCCCCUUGUUAGGUGGGUCACAAGAUCUGAGUACCAAGAACACGGGUCGCACGUCUUCACCCGGCUUUGA